AUGCGCUCCAAAGUUUCGGCCGAGAUCGACCGUCUCGUACAAGACGGCGUGCUUUCGUCAAUAAGCAUUUCAGACUGGGCAACACCGGUGGUGCCGGUAGCAAAAAAGAACGGUGAUAUAAGAUUGUGCGGCGACUUCAAGUUGCCAGUCAACCCGGCGUCGCACUUGGAACAGUAUCCCCUGCCCAAAGUUGAAGACAUAUUUGCGGCACUUUCUGGAGGCGAAGUCUUCAGCACUCUGGACCUGCGCAACGCGUACAAUCAGCUGCCGCUGGACGAUGAAGCUAGAAAGAUCGCGGUACUCAACACACACCGGGGGCUUUACUGCUACAAUCGCCUAGCAUUUAGAAUUCCUUCAGACCCCGCCUUGUUCCAGCGACGCAUGGAAUCGAUUUUGCAAGGUUUGCCGAAUGUUCAAGUGUACCUCGACGACAUUAUUGUGGCGGAGAAGGAAAACGACACAUCGGUACUGCGGCAGGUGUUUCAGCGGCUUCGUGAACACAACUUGAAGUUGAACAAAGCCAAGUGCCGGUUUAGGGAAGCACAAGUGUCGUUUCUGGGGCACCGCAUCGAUGCCAAAGGUCUGCAUCCUCUGCAAGAUAACCUCGAGGCUGUACUGGCCGCGCCGAAGCCAACAUUGUCAAAUGGAUUGGCGGAGCGUGCAGUGCGCACCCUUAAGGAAGGUAUCAAGAAAAAUAAGGAUGGAAGUCUGCUCAAUCGUAUUUCCAAGUUCUUGCGACGCUACAGGGCAACACUGACUCGAGAUGGCAAGUCGCCCGCCGAGAUGAUGCUGGGUUUUCAACCCAGGACCCGCCUAAGCACCAAUUUUCCAGAGGAAGAGGUGUCACGGGAUGCGACGGGCUUUUUGGGCUUGCUGCUCUCUGCCGACGACGGAAAUGCCAUGCUGAUCCUGGACACAUGGACUGCGCAGGCCUUGAGCCCAGCGAUCCUUCACGCGCCAGAUAUCCUGCCGUUCGCCACUGUGGAAUCUGUGAUACGUCACACAUCGUGCACCUACGAGGGAAGCUGGACGCAUGACCUGCAAGCAGCGCCAGCCCUGAAUACCGCGACUAGAAAAGCGCAUGCACCGGGCAAGGCAGGCUACAUAUGGGCACUCAAAUAA